AUCCAUGUGAACAUUGAAAAAAAAACCAUAUUGGGUGAAAACCGCUACUGAACAAGUACAUCAUACAAAAGCCAUGGAUGUUGGGGAUGUUUUAAAUCGGCUUCGCCGCAAUGCCAACUCUUCUUCAUCUUCCUCAGAAGAGGAUGUUUUCACCGAGUCCAAUAACCUGGCGAUGUUUGUCGUUAUCCCCAUCUUAGUUCUAGUGUAUGGAGGCUGCGCCUGCAUAUACCGUUGCUAUCAGUGCAGACGAUACCUUAAACGAAAGAAUAUAUUUCAUGAAAUAAUAAUAAGGAUCCGAGGGAGAGAGGCGGAUGAAGACAAUGAGGUAUGUGAAUCGCCGGAAGAUGCUUUGCAAGAAAUUCACCAGGAUGAAGAAUCGCAAGUUGAACCUGGAGGUGGAGGUCAUUACGUGCAUUCGAACCAUAGUUCUCCUGGACCGGAUGGAGCCGUGCGGUAUGUCGAUUACGAUACAGAUUUACGGUCAGCAAUGUCCACACCAGGAAUUCAGUAUACAAGGAACAAUUCUAUAAAAUCAAGAAGAUCAAAGCUUGUAUUGGUUCACAGUGGAACGGAUUCAGAAAUGAGGUCUGAUUCGGGGAUAUUAGAGGAUUCCUCUGUUACGCAUGCGUCGGGUUCUGGAUCAUCGAGUCGUAGGAUAUCGGAGGUGAACUCACUUGAAAUUGAGGAAAGUGAUCAUUCCCUCACAGAUAGAAACCGUGCGAAAGCAUUUGUUUCAAAUAGGACAUCUUUUACUACGAUAGGUGGCACAAUAUAUUCUUCAGAUGAAAACACAACGAACACGAAUAACAACAGCAUUUUACUUGCUACAGAAAACAAUAACUUUUACGUUACCAACGAUGACACUUCAAUCGCUGUAAAUCGUGUUUCACACAAUGAUGAGGACAGAAGCAUGUUACUUGCUAAAAACUCAAGCAAAGCAAUAGCAAUACAAGGAAGCGAGUCAUCUCAAAGCGACGUCACCAAAACAGUUGCUUUAAACAGAAAAUCAUCUAAUACUAACGUUUUAUCUCAAAACGACGUCACCAAAACAGUUGCUUUAAACAGAAAAUCAUCUAAUACCGACGUUUUAUCUCAAAGCAAUGUUACCAAAACUGUUGCUAUAAAAUGGAAAGGAUAUAAACAGGAUAAUACCGACAUUCACUCUUCAUCUGUCACAAAUGAGAGGCUACAGAUGGCUACAUUGGUAAAUGAGCUACAGAUGGCUACAUCGGUAAAUGAAAGCACAUUAUCACUCACAAACGAUAACACACAGAAUACUAGAAAUGAUAAUACGUCGUAUUCCACAAAUGGUAACGCGUCAUUUGUAACAAAAAGUAGCACACAAAAUAUUACUCACGACGGCAAACAAGUGGUAACAAAUGACAGUAGUUCAGCAACUCUCAAUGUGAGGGCAAAUGAAAACCUUUCGCUAAAAAGCAACAGUAAUGCAAUUAAUACCACAAACGUCUACUCAGAAAAUGUAUCAAACGCCAGCAAAUCUUUGGACAUGAAUAAUAGAACAGUUACAACAAACGGAAAUACAACAUAUGUUUCAAACGAAAGCACUACAGAUGCAGCAAUCGAAGGCAGAUCAUUUACAUUAAAUAGGAACGCACUACCUUCUACAAGGGAAAGCACAGUAUUUUUUGAAAACAACAACCCUCAGUAUGCCGCAGAUCGUAUCGAACCAGUGUUAACUAAGGCUAGCAUAUCAUUUGCUACAAACGAAACCACAUCAGUUGAAACAAACAAAAACACGCCUUAUGCUACAAACGGCAGCACUCAAUUAGCCUUAAUCAAUGGCGAACAAGUGAAUACAAACAAUGAGGCAUCAAUUGCAACAAAUGGCAGCAUACGAUUUGCCCCAAAGCUCGGUGAAUCAGUUUCUACAAACGAUAAUACGUUAAAUGCAACAAACAACAGCAGAUCAUAUACAACGAACGACCACAGGACCUCUGUUACAAAAGAAAGUACGUCUUUGGCUGCAAACAAUAACAUUCAAUCUGCUUCAAACGCAAAGGCAACAUAUGUGGGUAAUGGCAACACACAGUAUGUCUCAAAUCAAAGCAGCUCACAGUCUACGAAACAUGACAUAUCACUGGCAACAAACGAAAGUACGUACUCUUGUACAGACGACAGGAUACCAAAUACCUCAGAUGGAAGCACACCACAAGCUGCUAAUGGUACUAUCCAAUUUUCCCCAGACCAUAACAGAUCAUUAUCCUCAGGAGAGAGCACACAGCUUGAUUCAUACCAAAUUAUAUCAAAUCACCCUAACACAUUUGAUGCAAAUGGAGGCUCUCUAUUUUCCUCACACAAUAAGGAUAGAGUGCCAUCUGCUACAAAUGAUACAAGACCAUUAGCUACAAAUGGUAGUACACAAUAUGACAUAAACGGAAGCAGACCAAUAUAUAAUAUCAAUGGUACAUCAAACGCUUCAAAUGGAAGUGUGUCAUAUGCUACAUACGAUAACAAACCACCAGCUACGAACACUAACACACCAAAUGCUAUAAACUUUAGCACACAGUUUGCUUCAAAUGGAAGCAGACCGGUGGUUACAAACAGAAGCACUUCAUACGCAGAAGAAGAAAGUACGUCGUUUGUUGCAAUCCAUAAUAUACCCUCGACUACAAACGGUUCCACACCCUAUGCUACAAAUAGCAGUAGUCAAUAUGCAUCAAACCAAACGACUACAACCAAUGGAAUUUUAUAUUCGAAAAAUGGAAGCAGGUUGCUUACUUCAAAUAAUAGCAAUCCAACGGUUUUAGACGGUGAUACGCCAUAUGCUUCAAAUGAUAGACCACAAUUUGCCACGAACCAGGGGACACCAGUAGCGAAAAACGGAAGCAUAUCAUUCGCUACAAACGAAAACACUCCAUCUGCUACCAAUAGUGACACGCCAUAUGCUACAAAUAGCAGAGCAAACUUUGCUUCAAACCAAAUCAGAUCAAUGGUAACAAGAAAUGACUCAUCAUAUGCUACAAACGAAAGCAAAAUGUUUAAUGAGAAUGGUAAGACAUCAAAUUCUUUCGAUUACUCACAACAAUAUACAAAUGGCAGAACGGCCGCAAACCAUAGCAAGACAGCUGCUGCAAACGAUAGCGCUUCAAUAGAAGUCAUUCCAAGUGCCAUAAAUGAUAGCAAGCACAUUUCACCAAACGAUUCUAAAUCAUUUGGUUCAAACAGAGGCACUUCAAUUGCUACGAACAGUAUGACACCAUUUGAUACAAAUAACUGCAUACCAAAUUCAGAUCGUCAUUCAUCGUUUGCAACUGACGGUAGCGACCAAAUUGAUACAAAUGGUCGCAAUUUUUCGACUAUCAAUCAACACACAUCUUUCGCUAGAACAGAAAACACGCCAUUUGGUGGAACUGGUUACAGGCAAGAACCCACAAGUGGUAACACACCAUAUGUUACAAACAAAAGAACUCAAUUUGCUAUGAAAGCAAAUGAAAAAUCUGAUGCUUCACAUAUUCAAAGACAUACUUCUAAUAAGUAUACAGCAUAUGGUGCAAAUGGAAGAUUACAAAAUGCUGCAAAGGAAAACAUAUCAAACGCUUCAAUGGAAAAUAUACCAAUUGGUACAAAUGAAAACACACCCAUUGAUGUAAAUGAAAAUAUACCACAAUCCACAAAUGGUAGCGCGGAACCAAAUGCUACAAACCAAGCCAUACCCUUUGGUACAGAUGAUAACUUUCAAUAUACUAGAACAAGCACACCAUUUGCACAAAACAAUAACAAACCAAUGGCAUCAACUGGUAGCACAUACUUCGAUGCAAACAAAGGCACUGCAAUACCGAGACACACAUGGGUGCCAAAUGCCACCAACGAGAACACGCCAUUUGAUGGAAACAGUAACAGUCCAAAUGGUGCGAACAGAAACAUACCCUUUGCUACAAAUGGUAACACAUCAUUUCAUGUUAACAGUGCUCAACCAUGUACAAUAAAGAGUGACAAACCCUAUGCUACAAAUAGUAAUCCAUUACAUGCUUCAAACAAUACCACAGCAUAUGAUGGUACAAACCAAAACCCCCCCGUUACUUCAAAGGGUAACACCUCAAAUGCUACAAAUGGUAACUUGCCAUACGACACCUAUGGAAGAACUUCAUUUCCUAACAGUAACACGGCAUAUGUUGCAAAGAGAAACAUGCCAUAUGCCGAAAACGGUAGAACUUCAUUUAAUCCAAAUAGUGGCACAUCGUAUGCGCCAAAAGAGAAUCAACAGAAUAUUACAAACAAUAGAAAACUGUCAGAUGAAAGUAAUCCUUUGUUUUCAAAAGACAGUGCCCCAUAUGCCUUGAACACUAGCUCACGAUCUGCUGAAAACGGUAGUAAACAUUUACCGACAAACAGUCCCAUACAAGUAGCUAAAUCCGACAAUAAUACAUUUCCUAUUAACAAUAACAAGUCAUUGACACCACAAGAAAUUAAUCCGGUGUCUAAAAACCACAACCCAGCAGUUGCAACGAACGGGGUCCCAUCAUUCAACAAAAAUGGACGCAAUCCAUUGACGCCACAAGUUCAUCCAUUAUUAACUACAGACGACAACAACAAACCAAUGGCUAAAAAUGGCAAUCCACGUGGUACAAGCGGUUACACACCAUCUUUCGCAAACAAUAGCAAACCACCUGAUACUAAUAUUAGCUUCUCAAACCGAAACAAACCAGCUGUUACAAACAAUAGCUCAUCAUCUGCUACAAGAGACAUAAACUCAAAACCUACAAAUGAUAGAAAACCAUUAGGCAGCACAUCAAAUGCUACAAGCAGUAGCACACCACUUUCCGCAAACCGCAGCGAGCAAAUGGCUAAAAACGGAAGUACACCAUUUGCUACAAACAGUAGCACGCCAUUUGACACAAACAAUGGCAACAAUCCAUCUAUUAUAAACAGCAGCCCACCAUGUGCCACUAGUAGACCAUUCUAUACAAACAAUAGCCCACCAUGUGCCACUUUCAUUGGUAAACCAUUCUCUUCAAACGGUAGCCCAUCCUUUGCCUUGAAUGGCAGUAAUUCAGUCAAAAUGCAAAAUCGCAAACCAUCACCUACAAAUGAUAGCAAACCAUGGAUUGAAAACAGCAGCAAACCAUUGGCUCCAAAUGUUAAAAGAACACCAUCACCAGAUCGUGCUCAUUAUAUUUCAACGUCGGAAAAGGCCUUUCAAAGUGACGACGUGCCCUUUCAGUUUAAAUCUCCAAGAACCAACGAUGUUGGGCCGAGAUAUAUGGACUGGAGAAAUAACGAGACGACAAAAAGAUUUUGGAAAUCGGACACAAAAUUUAGUUUUUCGUCCGAUUCAGGGAUAAGUGUUAUAAGUGACCACAAGAUGAAUUGUCCACUUUCAAACAGCGCAGUUGAGCCGAGACGAACAGCUAAUCACGGAAGAAUGAAUGCUCCUCUGAAAAAUAUGGACCAGACUUUAAGAAAAACAGUAUCAAGUAUGAGCAAAAAAGAUUACAAACAGUUUAUUAUUGGACCAUGGAAGUGAUGAACUUGUUUCUUUUACAUUGUACAUGU